GGACGCCGCUGAGGCGGGUGCCGGGGCCGAGCCUGUGGCCGCUGCGCGCAGCGGCGGGACCGCGGUCCAGCAUGAGCCAGGUUCUGUUCCAGCAGCUUGUCCCGCUGCAGGUGAAGUGCAGAGACUGCGAGGAGAGGAGAGUCAGUGUUAGAGUGAGCAUUGAGCUGCAAGCAGUGUCCAAUCCGGUUCACAGAAAGGAUUUAGUUAUCCGUCUGACCGAUGACACAGAUCCAUUUUUCCUCUAUAACCUUGUUAUAUCGGAGGAAGAUUUUCAGAGUUUAAAAUUCCAGCAAGGUCUUCUGGUAGACUUUUUAGCUUUCCCGCAGAAAUUUAUCGAUCUGCUUCAGCAGUGUACUCAGGAGCAUGCCAAGGAAACCCCAAGGUUUCUGCUGCAGUUAGUGUCUCCAGCGGCUGUGUUGGAUAACUCUCCUGUCCUUCUAAAUGUGGUAGAGACAAAUCCUUUUAAGCAUCUUACACACCUCUCACUAAAACUUCUACCUGGCAGUGAUGUGGAGAUAAAGAAGUUUCUAGCAGGCUGUUUGAAAUGUAGCAAGGAAGAAAAAUUAUCAUUGACACAAUCACUAGAGGAUGUUACUAGGCAACUGAAUUUCACACAAAAGACUUUAUCAGAAAAAGUUCAAGAAUUAGAUAAGUUACGGAAUGAAUGGGCAUCCCACACAGCAGAAUUGUCGAGUAAGCAUUCCCAGGAGCUGACCAGUGAGAGGGAAAAGGCCUUGCAGGCGCAGGUGCAGUACCAACAGCAGCAUGAGCAGCAGAAGAAAGAGCUAGAAAUCCUCCAUCAGCGCAACACCCAGCAGCUGCAGAGCAGGCUGUCCGAGCUAGAAGCCGCUAACAAAGACCUCACCGAGAGGAGAUACAAAGGCGACUCCACCAUCAGAGAGCUGAAAGCAAAGCUGGCUGGAGUUGAGGAGGAGCUGCAGCGGGCCAAGCAGGAAGUGCUGUCUCUGCGAAGAGAGAACUCGACGCUAGAUGCUGAGUGCCACGAGAAGGAGAAGCAUGCUAAUCAGCUGCAGACAAAAGUGGCUGUUCUAGAACAGGAGAUCAAGGACAAGGACCAGCUGGUCCUCAGAACAAAAGAGGCAUUUGAUACAAUCCAGGAACAGAAGGUGGCUUUAGAAGAACACCGUGAGAAAAAUCAGGUACAAAUAGGAAAACUUGAAGCAACCAUAAAAUCAUUAUCAGCGGAACUGCUUAAGGCAAAUGAAAUUAUCAAGAAGUUACAAGGGGAUCUGAAAACUUUAAUGGGGAAAUUGAAACUGAAAAAUACAGUCACCAUUCAGCAAGAGAAACUCUUGGCCGAAAAGGAAGAAAAAUUACAAAAGGAACAAAAGGAAUUACAAGAAGUUGGGCAGUCUCUCCGAAGUAAAGAGCAGGAGGUAUGCAAAUUACAAGAACAAUUAGAAGCUACAGUUCAAAAGCUUGAGGAAAGCAAACAGCUUCUAAAAAAUAAUGAAAAGUUGAUCACGUGGUUAAAUAAAGAACUAAAUGAUAAUCAGCUAGUGAGAAAGCAGGACGUGCUGGGACCUUCUGCCACUCCACCGGUACAUGCUAGCAGCACGAUCAGAAGUGGACUGUCUCCUAGCUCUAACAUGGUUGAUGGUAGGCUGACUUACCCAACUUGUGGCAUCGGGUAUCCUGUCUCUUCUGCAUUUGGUUUCCAGAACACCUUCUCUCAUCCCGUGUCUGCCAAAAAUGCCAUCCACCCGGCUUCAGGACCAAAGGUUCAGUUUAACUUGCAGUUAACAAAACCAAAUCCGUCACCAGGGGACAUUCAGUCAGGAACAACUCUUAGUGUGCCCGGCUCCGCUGAUAAGGAAAAUGGUGAAAAUGUAGGGCUGGAGCCCAAGUAUCUGAAGAAAAGGGAGGACAGCAUUCCUUUGCGGGGGCUCAGCCAGAAUCUCUUCAGCACUGCAGGACCAUAUUAUACAGAUAAGGAAAGAGACAUUUCAAGAUAUUGACAUAUCAACAGUUCCAGGGUAAGACAAAGAAUCUUUGCUAAUUUUUUAAUGAAGCCAUAUUGAAUCUGAUACUUUGCAACUGCUAGCAAUGACAAGGUAUCCUGAACUAGGGAACUCCCCUAAAACAUUUAGUAACCGUUACUGGGCGAUGAGUUCUCAUAUGUAGUUGUUUCCUCAUUUACAUACCCUACAUGCAUAAGAACACUUGGUUACAGCACCUUGAAAGUGCUUACGGAGUGUGGGAAGAAGCCUCCUGGCCAUGUCGAUUUGCUCUUGUGAACAUUGUGUAAACAUAUAUGGACAGGCUGUGGAUGGGAUGACAUACAGGUAGCUUUUUUAAAAUUUUUAUAUAAAUUAGAAUUUCCAAAAGAUCGAUCACUUUGAUGUGCCAAAGAUUUUAUAUUAGAUAUACUUGUACUGACUUUUGAGUGUGCUAAUUCUUUGCUCUACCUCUUAAACUUUUAUUUGAAAUUGUUUUGCAGUAUGAAGUAUACGUUAAUAAUCAGAAUGUUGAAUUUAAUGUAUUUCUGUGAACUGUGUGAGCUUGGUUAGUAAGAAUAUUUUGGGAGUAGGACUUGUAAAAAGUAUACGACCCUGGCUGGUUUGGCUCAGCAGCUAGAGCUUCAGACUACGGAUCGAAGGGUCCUGGGUUCGAUUCCGGUCAAGGGCACAUACCUUGGUUUUAAGUUCCUCCCUGGCCAGGCCCUGGUCGGAGCACAUGCGGGAGGCACAUGUGUCAAUGUGUCUCUCUCAUAUCAAUGUUUCUCUCUCUCUUGUUGUCUUUCUUCCACUCUCCCUAAAAAUCAAUGGGAAGAUAUCCUCAGGUGAGGAUGAAAAAAACAAAAGUAUAUGAAAACUGGAAAAGGACUGAUACACAACAUCUCUGCUUAGAAACUUGCUUUCACUUAUGGAUUAAAUUUUCACUGUCUUCCUACAGGAGUAUUUUAUAGUGAAGGGAAAGAAAUGGAUUCAGAGAGAAGGCAUAAAGCUGUGAUUUGUUACUGAGAAAUGAUUAUGGUGACAAAGCCAAACUGGCCCUAGAGGAAAUCACAGAUCAAGACUUUCUUUUAAAAAUCAUUAAAAUAUUUAAUUUUAUUAACAGAGUAUUUACAUUUUUUAAGACCUUAUUUAACCAUAAGUGAAUGUUCCAAGUUUAAAAAGCAUUAAGCAAUAAUCACACACAAGAUGAAAACCCUGUAAACUAUACAAUACUUUAUGUACAAUUUUUACAAAGUAACACUUUUUUAAAUAA